ACUACAAAAACCAUAUGUUUAUUUAUGUAGGUUCCUCUGUAAUUUGUGGUUUGAUUGGGUGUUGCGGAAGGUGUUUUGUUGAGUGUUGAUCACAAGUACGGAGGUCGCGGAAUGCUGUUUAUUUACAGUUAUUAAAUCCUGUUCAGUGCGUCUAACAAAAUAAUACAACACAAAAUGGCGCCAAUGCGCGGCGAACGUGGCGGGUCGCCGGCCCGAGGCGUUCGCGCGUCACUGCCGCUGCCCCGCCGGCUCAUCAGGCAGAUCGCGAGGCACGUCGCCUCCAGCGGCCGCUCGCUCAGGCGCCUCGAGGUCUCCGGGCGGGUCAUCGACAACUUCGACGACAUCGAGGGCGCUUCCGAUGACUCGGACAUGGAAACAUCGCAACCCGCGGUUGCAUGUGGAGGGAAUGCCGGUAACUUGCCUCCAGCGGACAACGACGACGAUCUCACCAGCCUCAGCUGGCUACAAGACAAGAACCUUCUCAGAGGUAUAAACUUAACAAAAAGCGACAUUGAAGACACGAAAACGAUGGGCAGUCAAAUCAUUCUAAAGACAGAAUCGAAAACUCCGCCGCCCGUAGUUCGGCCCCCCUCGCCCCCGCGUACUCCGGUAAAGGCUCCCCCCUCGCCCCCGGCGGUCACGCACACGAAGCCCCCGUAUUCGUUCUCGUGCCUCAUAUUCAUGGCGAUCGAGGCGGCGCCCGCGCGGGCCCUGCCCGUCAAGGAGAUCUACGCGUGGAUCAUCAAGCACUUCCCGUACUUCAAGCACGCUCCUCAGGGUUGGAAGAACAGCGUGCGACACAAUUUGUCGCUGAAUAAAUGUUUCCACAAGGUGGCAGCAGCGCCGGGUCUCGGGAAAGGAUCGUUGUGGACGGUCGACCCCCAGCACCGCGCUUCUUUAAUACAGGCGUUCGGUCGUCAGCCGGCUCCGACCCCGGCGGGCGCGGCCGAGCCGAGCGGCGGCAAGAACUCGCCGGACCCGACGCUGUUCCCGUACCUGGCGCGGCGGCUGGCGGCGGAGCCCGGGGCCGACGAGUACCUGGCCGCCGCCACCGUGCUCGCCAUGAAGUACGGACCCUCGGUACUCGAACAGUUGCCGCCGGCCGCGUCGCUGGUGAUCUCGCGGUGCACGCGCGACGAGCACUCGUACAGCGGCGGGGGGGGCGAGGAGCGGCGCACGGCGGAGGCGCUGCUGCACCUCGCCGGCCUGCCCCCCUCCCCGGCCCUCGCGCCCAGCUAGCGCCCCCCGCCCCCGCGCUAGUGCAGCCUACCUCCGACUGUCUGCGCCCGCGUCGCCAACCACUCUCGAUCAUCCUCCACCCUUGUUCUUAUUAGAAACUGGGGUUCUUGACAAGUUGGAACUGUCCUUAAUUUACAGAUGAACAUACAUUGUUUAAAAUCUACAAAUUUUUUUUGCUUCCAAUGCUGAUAGCCUUGAUAUAAUUGAGGCCGUCAGCGCAAAAGUGGCUUAACCCACAGUUUUUCACAUUCGUGCUUAUUUAAAUUGUAAUAUAUUUAAAACAUAAUAUUUUUUUAUGCAAAACUGCCCUAUCCAUAGUUUCAGCCAUAGAUAACAAAUGGCUUUGUAAACAUGUGUAAAAGUAAAUUCAAAUCUAGUUAUCUCCAUACAUAUGAUAAGCUUAGGCCACUUUUGCGCUGACGGCCAGCGUUACCCUAGUGUGUGGGUGAGCUCUCGGGGUUCAAACCGGAGGUGUUGCUAACACUGGCCCUAGCAAGAGCAGCAUCUAAUGAUUGUAUUUGGAGCCAUUUUGGAAUCAUGUUCGGUAUAAAAAAAAUUUUUUCAUUUAAAAUCGUUUUGUCUUUAAACUAAUGACAGUUCCUUUAAUGUAGUAAGUUUGUCAAUGUCCUGUUUCUCAGUGCAUCGCCCACACACAGCACGCGUCUACGGUUGCUUCGGGAUGGUUUUAUAGUUUAUUGCCGUAGACGCGAGUUGCGUAGUGAUGCAAUGACACCCACCACGUUUAGCGUGCGAGGUUCUGUUGGACGACGCCGUUGGUGUUGCCCGCGGGCGACGACGUCCUAUAGUCUACGUGUUAUAUCAAUUUGUUUUGCGACAAAGACUAUUCUUGUGUUUCAUCUAUUUUUUAAACAAAUUAUUAAAUAUUGGCUCGUGCGUGUUCGGGCCGAUGUAAGCUACGUACGCGAUCGGUUUAUUUUGUAAGUGAAAAAUACUAUAAUAAUAAUAUAUAUUAUAUUUUAUCUUCGUCUUUUAGAAUUUUCUCGAAACGGAGCAAAGCUCUCGCUGAGGUGGUUCACUGUUAGCGCGUUAGUUCUUAGAACGUUAGUCGAAAAAUAAUAUCUGAACUCGGCGUCUGUUGUCGCAACGGAAUAUAUGAUUACCAUUAUCUAGUCCAAUAAAGACAAUCUGUUUUUAUUUGUUUCGAUUGCACGCACGCAACUGGUAUUAUAAUCAAUAUAUUACAUAUUAUAAUCAAUAUAUAUGUAUUUCGGACAGUUGUGCUAAAUGAUGUUUCAUUAUAUACAGGGUGUUACAAAACUACCCGUAAAGCCGUAAGGAGGUUAAAUGGGGCCUUUUAUCGAGUCUAUUCAUAAUAUUUAAAAACCGUAGUAACGCUAUAACCGUAAUAACAUAGCCCAAAAAAAUAAAAAAAUAAUAUUAUUUUCACUGAUGUGCAAAUCCUAUUUCAGUAAAAUUAAAUAGUAAACUACGCAGAAUGUACCUACAUUUCUACUUGAAACAGUUGUAGGAUAUCGACUAGAAGAUUUGAAAUGGACUUUUUUUUUUCGAACUUGACCUUUUUUGAAGCCAGUACUUGAGUAUAAUGACAUCCUUGUAUUGAGGUAUCAAGCAUUUACGAAUGAAAAAUAGAAAAACUAUUGAAAGUAGUUACACAAUUAUUAGGUAAAAUAGGUACACACGUAGGCCUUUCUGUUAAAUAAUCUGGUUCCCUGACAUGACAGCUUACUAGGGUUGACAAAAAAAUUAAAAUUUUUACGAGUUAUUUUGUAACACGCUGUAUAUAUCUUUAUGUUCGAAAUGUGAUUUCCAACUGAGUAAAACAUCACAUUUGAUGGUGUAAUCAUUAUUAUUUUUGUUGUUUCGACAUUGUGUGUCGUUACUAAAAACAGUCGCUGAAUGUCGGGGAAGAAUCGAAAUCCUUCCGUACUUAUUCGGCGAUUUCGAACAGAAUACGGAUGUCUAGAAUAAUUACACUUUUACGAGAUAGUAGUGACUACUAGUGAUAGAUGUGAUACUACUUAAUAUGAAAUAUAUCUAUUAAAAAAUAAAUCUAAAUGAAAAUAGUUAAUUAGUUCUCUUUUCACGCGCAUUUAGGUUCUUACCGUUUACGAAUAGUCAAAUCAAUCAUAAUAAUACAGAUAAAAUAAUAUUUACGAUUUUAAGUAUUUAAAAAAAGUGUUGCCACGUUUUGGUGCGUUCUUUGCGGUUUGUUGCCAGUUAAACGUUUACUGCUGUGCAAAUUGACUAACCCUAAAACGUGGUAUUUAGCGUUUUAAGUUCAAUAAUAUAAAUUUUAUUUAUUUAUUCAAUCCUCGGUUUCGGAUACAUUUUAAGCAUUAUUGUUUAUAAGAAUUGAUUUCAACGAUAAUUUAUUAAAUUAUUCUAAACUAAGCAUAUAAGCAAUAACGUAACGUAUAGCUUAAAAAUAAAUGUGAUCUGCACGCAAAAAAAUAUUUACACAAUAUACAAAAAAAAAACCUUAUACAGGGGCGAUUCAAGCGUUUAACAUAUUGUAUUCUACGUAUUUACUUUUAUUUCGAGGUGAUAUGACGUAUUUUAUUAGCGAGUAAAUAAAUUUAGCCAUAAGCAAGUAAAUGUUUUGUGUUCAUGAAUUUGUGAUCUUCUAAGAAUCAACAAACAUAAUAAUGGUAAUAAUAUACAGCGGAGCUGACACGGCUUCUGUUAUAUUAAUCAGCACAUCACUAGGUUCGGGUGCUUAGCGACGAUAAAUUAAUAGUAAAAUAUCUCUUCUCACUCGUGGUUCGUUUUAGUGAAAUAACAAAUGCUUCAGAAAUUUAGCAGCCUUCCAUUUCUAAGAAAGUACUUGUACAAAUUCUAGUAAAAAAAUAUUCAAAUGUUCUCUCAAGUGCCUACUUAUAGCUUUCGAUAAAGUACAUUUCAAGCAAUCUAUUUACAGUUAAUUCGAUGUUCAAUUUAAAAAAAGCCUUGAAAAAAAAUUACACCAAGUAGAAUAAAGUACAUAACAUUAAUUACGUUUCUGUUACCUUCAUUUCAGUACUCGAAAAGAACACAAUUGAUUGAAUGUAUUUGCAAUAUCGAUGGAAAAAAAAUAUAGGUAUUGUACGAAAACAAAAUAGACCCGUGAUACCGUGGGUUUAAUGGCGCGUGCGUUGCCGUAAUAAUAUACUAGUAUAAUAAUAUUAAAAUACGGCUUUCUUUAGAACAAUUUAAUGUUUGGUCGUGAGAAUAUUUAAAUUUACGCCGUAGGUUUUAACUAGACUGAAGUAUAAUGACUGAUUUCUGAGCAAUAUUAUUUAUUAGUGGAAAUGAAAUUCCUUUAGCGAGCACGUUUAUAAAAAAAAAUUUAAUAUAAUGUUCUCAUGGAAAUAUAAAAUAAUAUAUUAAAAAGCUUCGCAAUGAAAAUGUACAACGUUGCCUAACGUUAGUUAUUUACGAACAGCCACGUUUCUAAUUAAUUUUAGCUGUUAUAGUCUAGACAGUUAAUAUUGAGUGCCAAAAAAAAAAAAAGAUAUUUAUAAUAUUAUAAAAGCGAAUAACAUAAAUAAAUUUGUUUUACAUAUAUUUCAAUCGAAUGCUAUAAUUGAAGCAUAGAUAAUUAGAUUAUAAGUGAUGUUAAAAAUAAUUUGAUUGCUAAUUAAAGUUUUUGCUGUAUUUAGGAGCGUCUUCCAUCUUACUCGUAAUAGUUUCUAUUAGGUAAACAGUAGCGAGGAGGAAAGUCCAUCAAUGUAACAUUAGCUACAGAAGUGUUUAACGCUGGACGGGCUUACGUUACGUAACAUAAUUAACUUUCAAUUAUUAAUGGUAUAUUGUAUUCUAAAACGCUGAUGAUAUAAAACUGGUUCAGGGUGGCACCAAUGUGUUUAUGAGAAGCGGAAAAAUACACUUUAGUAAAUGUUUAAAGUUGGCAACAUUGUUGGUGAUGUUUCAGUGUUGCCAAAUUUAGGCUGAAAAAUGUGUAAUUUUUUAAUUCUUAGUUGGCACAUAGUUUCGAGUUAACAUCUGCUCUUAAUACCAAAACAGAGACAGAAUAAAAAAUAUUUAAGAAUUUAAAGUAUCGUUCGUGGAAAGAUCAAGUAAAUUGUUUGAAUUGAGAUAAAUUGUUUAAAAAAAAACCUUGUUGCACCAGCGUGUAUAUAUCGUAUCGUAUGGACUUUUAUCUUCGUUCGAGAGCACUAGCCUUUCUUUCGGGGUUAUUUAUAAAUAAUAUUAAAUGUAGAUGAAAAUUUUACAGCAAUAAUUAGUACCUUAGUAGUUUUUCGCUGGUAGAUGCUACGGAUAUUGGAUACGUUGUAAAUGUGUGAUAAAUUGCGAUUUAUUUUAUAAGUGCUGUAUGUGUUUAAAUCAAAUUUUAUUCUCAUAUUAAAAGAAGUAACUUUUCAAAAACGAUUGAGGGUAAGCGGUUCAACGACCGCUUUAUUUAUUGAUUUUAUUUGUUUUACGUGUAUGAGAUGCCUUCUUAAAAGUUAUAUCGAUAUGAUAUUAAAAUUGUUACGGUACUUGGUUGUAACGUCGGUAAUGAAGUAAUAUUUAAAAUAAAAUAAAACUAAUUUAUUUAGGUAAUUUUGUUAAUAUUAUUUUUUAGAUUCGUUUGUGAAACGGGAUUCGGAUUAAAUGUCUUCGCCAAUUUUGUUUUGUAUUUAUGGAUUUAUCUUUUACGAGCUCCUGUAUUAUGACGUCACCACUGCACAGACUAAUAAUAUCCACAGUUGGCGUUUUAUGUCAUCCGACAACACAUUAUCGAAUUGGGUUUAUAUGAAAAAUAAAAGUCAAUUAUUACGAAUGAAACAUUUAAUAAUUACUAUUAACAUUCAAGACAACGAUACCUAAAUUUUAAAAGGAAGAUGCUGAUACGACUACCUUCAGUUCAGUUCUUUAAUUUUGAAAUAUUGCAACUGUGAUAAAGCAAACACAAUUUAACACAGUUAAAAUAAAUGAUUCUAAACAAAAAAAUAAUUAUAAAUGCAAUAUCUAAAAUCGCUUCCAUAUUUGCCUGAUUUUGGUACACUAUCUUAUCGAUUUAUUUUCGGAUCAGUUUGUUGAAAAGAUUAUUAAAGCAGCCUUAAAGGUUUUUGUUUUUAAAAUAAUCAUAAUUGGCUAUAGAUGUGUAUGAAAACUACCGAUUACCAUUAAAAGAAGUCAAAACGUGAAUUAUCGAUUUUUAUCCUGACGCCACUCGAUUGGAUACAAUAAAUACAUUGAUGUUUAAGUUUUGGUGGAUAAAGUCUAUUGCCAUAAUUGAAUUAAAAAGUAAAGAUUUCUCCGACGUUCGAUUUUACUACUCAUCAAAUAUUAGAGGAGAAAAUAAUUAUAGCGAACCAAGUUUUUUUUUCUUCGAGAUAGUGUGGAUAUUGAAAUGAAACUUAGUGUAUUGGUGACGUCGCAUUACGUGGUAUUUUAGAAGUACAUUAGUCUGACUCAUAAAUUUAAGUAUUUUAAGUGAUCAUAUUGUUGUUGUUGAUAUUUUGCAUGCUUUUGAACGACACCCUACUUUAUUAUUAAUUAAUAUUAUUGCUAUUGUUGAGAGUUAUUGCCAAAAUUUUAUUUGUCCUAAAAAUCUUUUGUCUUUGUACAUAUCCAUUAAUAAAUUAUGUACCGAGAGUAA